AUAAGAAAAUAAUACACACAUUAAUAUGUAAAAAAUUGCAAAAUAAUGCAAACAGUUGAAAUAAAAAAAAAUGAGUGAUAGUGUUAAUAAAUGUAGAACAUCAUCUAGUUAACGAGUUUAAAUAUCUUUUUAUUAAAAACGUAUGACUUAACUAAAUAUGCGCUAAUUCAUUUGCUUUAAAAGUGGUGCAGUUGUAGUUUAUGACGACAGCGAUCUGUGCAUAUAUAGUUGUAUGUAUAUAACUUUUGUUGUAGUUGGUGGCUCAUUAAUUAAGGAAGUGAAGACAACGAGGCAAAGCGAAAUAAACGUAAAAGUAAAGGUACCAAUACAAAUAGUGAACAAAAAAAAAACAGCUAAAACCAGCAAGAAUUUGCCGAUAAUAGCUACAACAACUGUUCAGCUAUUAAUCAAAUUUAAUAAAGGAAACAACAACAACAGCUAACAUUUGCAAAGAUGUCAAUGUACGCCAAACAAAAUCGAAAAUCUAUUUUUAAUUUAAUCAUGGUUUUAACUGUACUAGUGCAAGGAGCGUUCGGUCAAUCGUUUUUACUCAGUUUGGGUCAAAAUCAACGUAACUUCUUUGCGGAAGGCAAUUCACGUGAAGCUUUUUUGACUGCACCAUUGGGUGCUCAACUAAAUUAUACGGAUCCGGUAUCAAACGUACAUCUGGAGUCACGUGACGAGUUUGAUGAGAACAACAACACAACGAUAAUUGUUAUUAAGAGCACAGUACGCGAACAAUCCAACGAAUUAUCACAGACUGCCAUGGAUAUUAUAACGAUCGUUUGGUAUGUAGCCACAUUUCUGGCAUUGGCCGCCUUCUUUCUGCUCAUGGCUUGCUCAGAUAGACGCUGUACGGAGAAUCGCGGCAAUGUUUUGGACAAUGAAACACAAAUUGCCCCACCCACACCAUCGCCAUCGUACAGCGAGUUCGCACCACCCAGCUACGAGACAGUAAUCAAAAUGCAACAUGAUGCUAGAACUAGCGUAUUUGUUAUACCGUUUGGGCCUGGAAGCAAGGAUGUUAGCACGAAUAGCAAUGGCAGUAGCUUGCAUACACCACAAACAACACCAACAACGCCAGCGAUAAAUUACUACACAGUGAAUGAAUUGGAGAAAUUGGGACAUUAGUACUGAAGAUAAGCAAGCAGAUAGCUAGCUGACUCUAGUUGGCGUGAAAUUAUUAAAAACAGCUUGAGUGCUGUGCGUAUGGGCACAAUCACCAGUGAUAAAAAAAAUUUCGUUAAACGGUGAAAAAUCCAAGACAAUGCCAAGUCUCAGAUUUACUAUUUUAAUUAAAUCAACGAACAAGUGCGAGUGAUUUAGCCAUAGAUAAUAACUAACUCUACCUGCGAACAUGUGUACCCAAGUACACCUACAUAUAUAUAUACGUAUGUAUAUAUGUAUGUACAUAUGUACCUUUAUGUGCAUACAUACAUACAUAUGUAUAUCCAAAGCAAAGAAAAAGAUAAUUGUCUCAAAUGAACUGUGAUAUUAUUAGUUAAAGUCGCAUAUUUGUAUGUUUGUAAUGCUAUGCAUAUUUAAGUAAGUUGUGGCUGUGUAAAUUUGCAUUGUAAUUAGCAGAGAUGAAUAAUAUUUACAAUAGCCACUUGUGUACAUAGAAACAUAUGUAUGUACAUACACACUACACUUAUGCAUGUACAUACGUAACUCACCUUGACAAUCGUCGAUGAUUGCCAUGCCAUGCGUAGUUACAUAAAUCGUUGUAAAUAUGUAAAUUAUUAGACAUUUAACCUUUUUAUUGUUUAAACUGUAGACAUAUGUAGCUUUACAUGUGUAAGCCAAAGACUGAAUUAAUUGCGAAAGUAUAGAAAUCUAAUAUUUUCCAGUGUAAUAAGUCGGAGCUUUAAGUUUCUUUACUAUUGGAUAAGAAACUGUAAAAACACCAAAAUUUUAUUUACAAAGUAACGAAAAGUACUUUGAACUUGAAAAUUAUUUAAAACUUAUUUAUUAAGCGCACAACGUGCGAAAAAGUAUUAUGUAAUAGUUUAAGAAAAAUUGUUUAAAAUAAAUG